CUUGCAGCAUUUUAUUUCGUUCGCAUACCAAUCCGACUCCACCGUUCAACAAAAAACCGCUAACGAGAAAACCAGAAACAUCGUCAUCAGUCAUCACCAUCGUUACUGUGUCAGCUCCACCUCCCCUGACAAAACCCUAAUUUGUCUCUCAGAGCUUGCAGACCCUCUUCCCAACCCUCUCUGACCUUAUUCUUCCUGCAGAGACCACCAUAUCUCUAACGGCGGAUGAACCAACCAGCCAAGCACUCUCCCUCUUCGGCAGAAUGCCUAAGAGCGAUGGAGAUUCAAACUCAAGCUCUAACACUGUUCAACUCGAAAGCCCUCCUCUGCUGAAGAAAUCCCGGAUAAUUUCUGACGAUAACCGAACUGCCCAUGUCUUCCCCAGGUCUCGAUUAUCUGCUGCUCGUCGCGUGUCAACUUCUCCUCCAUUUGCUAAUCGAGGUUCUACUUGUGGGGAUUUGUUGGAAAAGGGUAAUGAAGGAAUUGCUGAUAGGGAUUGGCUGUUCCCAUCGUUCGUCGGUCCCCAUGUUGAUCGGAGUCGAACCAAGGUUAAGGCAGAAAGGUCUUCAAAACAUGAAUUGUCUCUUUUGUCUGAUACCCCCAUUGCGACGAACUCAAGUUCUGGAAGCAUUGAGGCGGCAGAUCAAAUUGAUCAGAUUGUUUCCCCGGCUCUUCCUGUUUCCCAGGAGAAAAAGAAAGCGGAAGAAGAAAUGAAGCAGGGGCCCGUUCUAGUGUCUAAUGCUUCUCCUUCUUGUUCAUCUCAUUCUGCAAUGAUACCAUACUUUUUUAGAACGAUUCCUCAACUCAAAACUUCUUUCUUCUUUCCAAUGAUCACCACUACUUGUAUAUUAUCUGUGUUAUGUGCAGUUUCUCUGCGAGUGAAAGUCGCAGGGUUCCAGGAAGAUAUUAUUAACCUUCGUAAGAUGUGUAACGGAAAGGAUUUAGUUCGUGCUGACAACAACAAAGUUUUGCAGCAGGAAGACCAUAGUUCGUUUUCAUAUUUUGGUAGUGAUAACAAUAGAAGUGUUGCUUUAUACACUGUGGUGGUUAUACUCGUGACACCAUUUUUAUUAUACAAAUCUGUGGACUACUUUCCCCGAAUAAAGACUCUCCAAAAGAAUGCCAAAAAGAGUAAUGAUGAAGAGGUUCCAUUGAAAAAGAGAAUUGCAUAUAGGGUGGAUGUAUUCUUCUCUGUCUAUCCAUAUGCGAAGCUGUUUGCACUUCUUCUUGCAACUGUACUUCUUAUUGGAUUUGGUGGCUUAGCAUUGUAUGCUGUUGGUGAUUGUAACCUUUCUGAGGCUCUUUGGCUUUCAUGGACUUUUGUAGCAGACUCCGGAAAUCAUGCUGACAGAGUUGGGAUUGGGCCAAGGGUUGUGUCUGUGUUCAUAAGCUCAGGAGGCAUGCUAAUCUUUGCAAUGAUGCUUGGCCUUGUUUCUGAUGCAAUUUCAGAGAAGGUUGAUUCACUACGGAAAGGGAAAAGUGAAGUCAUAGAAAGUAACCACAUAUUAAUACUUGGUUGGAGCGACAAAUUGGGCUCGCUUCUAAAGCAGCUAUCAAUUGCAAAUAAGAGCAUUGGUGGUGGGGUAGUUGUGGUGCUUGCAGAAAGAGACAAGGAAGAAAUGGAGAUGGACAUAUCAAAGCUAGAGUUUGACUUUAUGGGGACCUCUGUCAUAUGCAGAAGUGGCAGUCCUCUCAUACUGGCCGACUUAAAGAAAGUUUCAGUUUCAAAGGCACGUGCCAUCAUUGUAUUGGCAUCUGAUGAAAAUGCAGAUCAGAGCGAUGCACGUGCUUUGCGAGUUGUAUUAAGCCUAACUGGAGUGAAGGAGGGUUUGAGGGGUCAUAUUGUUGUAGAAAUGAGUGAUCUUGACAAUGAGCCAUUAGUGAAGCUUGUUGGAGGAGAACUUAUUGAAACAGUUGUUGCACAUGAUGUGAUUGGGCGUCUAAUGAUACAAUGUGCUCUCCAGCCUGGCCUUGCACAGAUAUGGGAGGACAUUCUAGGAUUUGAGAAUGCUGAGUUCUAUAUCAAAAGGUGGCCUCAAUUGUAUGGUGUGAGUUUUGGAGAUAUACUGAUUUCAUUCCCUGAUGCAGUACCAUGUGGAGUUAAGGUUGCUGCAAGUGGUGGGAAGAUUGUAUUAAAUCCAAAUGAUGAUUAUGUCCUAGAAGAAGGUGAUGAGGUCCUUGUUAUAGCAGAGGAUGAUGAUACUUACAGUCCAGGCUCUUUACCUGAGGUACAUAAGGGAGAUUUCCCUGAUCUUUAUAGCCCUUCUAAAUAUCCAGAAAAGAUACUUUUCUGUGGCUGGCGCCGUGACAUUGAUGAUAUGAUUAGGGUAUUAGAGGCAUUCUUAGCUCGAGGUUCAGAAUUAUGGAUGUUUAAUGAGGUCCCAGAAAAAGAAAGAGAGAAGAAGCUUACUGAUGAUGGCCUUGAUCUUUCAGAAUUAAAGAACAUAAAGCUUGUACAUAGGAAAGGAAAUGCUGUCAUCCGUCGACAUUUAGAAAGCCUUCCUCUGGAGACAUUUGAUUCUAUUCUAAUUCUUGCAGAUGAGUCUGUGGAGGACUCCAUUGUUCACUCUGAUUCACGAUCUCUAGCUACCCUUCUUCUAAUCCGUGACAUUCAGUCCAAGCGUCUUCCAUAUAAAGAGGCAAAAUCACCUACUCUUCGGCAUUCUGGAUGUUCCCAUAGUUCUUGGAUUCGGGAAAUGCAACAAGCAUCAGACAAAUCAAUAAUUAUUAGUGAGAUCCUGGAUUCUAGAACAAGAAACCUGGUUUCUGUGUCCAGGAUCAGUGAUUAUGUUCUAUCAAAUGAGCUAGUAAGUAUGGCACUAGCCAUGGUUGCUGAAGACAAGCAAAUUAAUCGGGUUCUUGAGGAACUGUUUGCUGAAAAGGGGAAUGAGAUGUGUAUUAGACCGGCAGAAUUCUAUCUCUAUGACCAGGAGGAGCUAUGUUUUUAUGAUAUAAUGGUACGAGGUCGACAAAGACAGGAAAUUGUGAUUGGCUUUCGCCUUGCAACUGCGGAAUGUGCCAUAAUCAAUCCUGUGAGAAAAGCUGAACCGAGAAAAUGGUCCCUUGAUGAUGUAUUUGUUGUGAUCUCCCAAGGAGAACAAAAGCAAAAUGAUAGUAUCAAUCAUGCAAAAUGUACGAGAACUGUUCCUUCAAUGUGAAGCUGCAUUCCUACACAA